AUGAACGACGACGACCCGACGCUCGCGGCCCUCUCCAGUGCCGUGGACUCGAUCGAAUCUCGCUACCUCACUUGCGGCCAGUUCUCGAUGCCGGCGCCUCUCCAGAUCACCGCGUCCGGCGGCCAGACUGCCACGUUCCCGAUCAAGCGGGGCGAGCAGCUCACCGAGAUCAAGAAGCUGACCGAUGUCGCGGCGCCGUCACCGUUUGGCCUCGGCGGCGAGACCGUUGUCAACACCGCCGUGCGCCAAGCCUCGCAGAAGAUCCGCACCGAGCUCGUGCCUGACGCGGGCGCCGUGACGGCCAAGCUGCACAAGGUCAACAUCUACGAAAAGGGCGGCCACUUUGCCGAGCACCGCGACACGCCGCGCUCCGAGACGCACUUUGGCUCGCUCGUCCUCCUCCUCCCCGCCUACCACGCCGGCGGCGCGCUCUGCGUCGAUCACGCCGGCCAGCGCAAGGUCGUCGACUGGGGCAAGACCGGCGACUGGGCGCCGCGCUACCACUACGGCUUCGGCGCCGACGCGGCCAAGCGGCUCGCCGAGCACACGCCGGCCGGAGUGCUCCGCUGGUGCGCCUUCUUCGGCGACACCAAGCACCACGUCGGCACCGUCUCGGACGGCGUCCGCGUGACGCUCGCGUACGAGCUCUACCGCGACGGCAAGCCCGACCCGUUCGCCGACGCGCUCCUGCAGCGCGCCGAGGCCGUGCGGCAGGCCUUUGCGGCCGUCGUCGCCGACGAUGCCUGCCUGCCCGAGGGCGGCACGCUCGGCUUCGAGGCGGCACACCUGUACGAGGAGAAGGAGCUCAGCGCGACCGAGAAGGCGCCCGCCGGAGCACUCGCCAAGACGUCGGCCAAGGACGUGAGUGUCAAGAAGAUCAAGUCGGGGCUCAAGAACGAGGACGCGGUGCUCGCGGUGGCGGCGGCGGCGGCUGGGCUGCGCGUCGAGACCAAGCGUGUGCUCUCCGACGGCGAGGGCUACUGCGAGCAGCAGUGGGAGCUCGCCAAGAUGCCGGCAAGUGACCGCGGCUUCGGGCGCGUGCGCAACUGCGACGGCUGCCGCAUGAAGGGCGUCUCGCCGGACGAGAUCGACGACUACGCGGCGGGCCACCUCGACGAGGGCAUCACGUGGCUCUCGAGCCGCAAGGGCGCGCCAAGCGCCUCGCCCUGA